CAGCCAUUUUGUCCGGAGCUGCUGCUCUUCACAAACCGGAAUAAACCGAAGGCGAGUGGAGGAACUCCGUUGGAGGGGGCUGAUAAAACACACACUCCCCGCCGGAAUUUCUCCACCUAUCGAUCCAGGACGGGGAAAAAAAAAAACCCACAUUUUCCCCCCUACAGCUGGAUUAAAUGGACUUCCUUUCACAGAUCCAGGUUGGACAUUAGGUUUGAUCAGCUGUCCGAGAGCUAAUGUUAAGAUCCUUCAGGUUUCCUUUUAGAAAACUCAACACGGAGCUCCAGCACUUUCAUUUCUGAGCCUGGUGUUUUCUCUGCAGCUUUAUGUGUCAUUCAUGUUAGCGAUAGCCUAGUGGCUAGCGAGAGAGUGAACUAGCAAGAACAGUUUUAAAGCUGAGAGUAACUAACCUGUUAACUAGCUAAACUAACUAGUUGCAUUCCGCCAUUAUCACUGUAGCGGAGUAAUAACUUGGUUUAGUUAAAGGAUCUCUUUGCAUUCCUUUGGUCAGGAAGCGACUCGUUAGCUCAGUAAAUGCUCGCAGGUACACGCCGAGUCUUUUAAUAUUAUUUGGACUAAAAAAAAGGACAGACUUGUUUAACCAGUUUUUUUUUGGGGUACGUGGCAUUUUCCUCCCAAUCUCUCUCUCUCUCUCUCUCUCUCUUUUCCUGACCUGGCUGGACGGAUAGCUAGCUAUGUCCUUUUGCAAUCUUCCUAUAUGCUCAGAUUUCACCAUUAGGUCCUGUACUCGGUCUGAACGCUGUUAUGGUUAUAUUAGCUAACAUCAGCUCAGUCAAUCAGUUCAUCCGGGUGUAACAUUGGCACUUGGGAUAAGAUUUGUACUAGAUAGGUAGCUAGAUUUCUUUCUUUUUUAUAUAUAUACAUAUAACGAUUAUUAAAAAACCAAAUCAAGGGUGAUUGGUUUAUUAUUUAGCUAGCGAUCUUUUCAAAGUAAAGCAUUAAAUAAGCAGUCACUUUACUGACUCGAGGUUUUGCUAAAUCCGCUCAUAUUAGUGAGCUAUCUGGGUUUGUGGGGUUUUUUUUCUUCUUCCUUUCCUUUUCUUUUUGGAGAGAAACUCGUCCAGCUGAUCAGUAGUCAGUGUUGAGGUGAAACAUGUCGGGACAGAGCAUCACUGACCGCAUCGCAGCGGCGCAGCACAGCAUGACCGGCUCCAGCAUCAGCAAAGCGGUGUGUAAGGCCACGACUCAUGAAGUGAGCGGCCCCAAGAAGAAGCAUCUGGAUUACCUGAUCCACUGCACCAAUGAGAUGAAUGUGAACGUGCCCCAGCUGGCUGACACUCUGUUCGAGCGGACAGCCAACAGCAGCUGGGUGGUGGUUUUCAAAGCCCUCAUUACCACACACCACCUAAUGAUGUACGGCAAUGAGCGCUUCAUUCAGUACCUGGCCUCGAGAAACACGCUCUUCAACCUGAACAAUUUCCUCGAUAAAGGUGCAUUGCAAGGCUACGACAUGUCCACCUUUAUCAGGCGCUACAGUCGCUAUCUGAAUGAGAAGGCUCUGUCCUAUCGGCUCGUAGCUGUCGACUUCACCAAGAUGAAAAGAGGUAUUGAUGGAGUGAUGCGCACCAUGAAUACAGAGAAGCUGAUCAAAACUCUGCCCAUUAUUCAGAACCAGCUGGACGCUCUGCUCGACUUUCAGGCCAACCCUAAUGAGCUCACCAACGGUGUGAUCAAUGCUGCCUUCAUGCUGCUCUUUAAAGACUCCAUCCGUCUAUUUGCCGCCUACAAUGAGGGGGUCAUCAACCUGCUGGAAAAAUAUUUUGAUAUGAAGAAGAACCAGUGCAAAGACGCCUUGGACAUCUACAAAAAGUUCCUGUACAGGAUGACCAAACUGUCAGAGUUUCUCAAAGUAGCAGAGCAAGUUGGGAUUGAUCAGGGUGACAUCCCAGAUCUCACUCAGGCUCCCAGCAGUCUGCUGGAGGCUUUGGAGCAGCACCUGGCCUCUCUGGAGGGCAAGAAGACUAAAGAGUUCUCAGCAGACAGCAGAGCCACGACUCUCUCCAGCGCUGUGUCGUCCCUCUCCAACACAGGCAUGUCCUUCACUCGUGUGGAUGAGAAGGAGAAACAGCAGGCCCUAGAGGAGGAGCAGGCCAGACUGCAGGCUCUCAAGGUGGGCUACAACUUUGCUGACCAGCGGCUGAAAGAGAUUAGCAUGCAGACUCCCUCUGUAUCCCCUGCUACUCAGUCUGCAAGCAGUGCCAACAACCAUAGUGCAGCAGUGGAUCUGUUCUCCAACCAUAACACCACCCCUGCCCCCAUCACCAACAGCGUGCCAAACCUCACCAGCGACCUGUUUGACCUCCAGCCAGCUUUCAUCCCUGCCGUGCAGAGCACUCCAUCCAUAUCCACAGCCAGCAGUGCCUGGGGAGGUCUAGAGAGUGGCGCUCCCCAGCAGGCUGCUCAUAUUUCCACCAUGAAUGUAGAUUUUGACGCAGUGUUUGGAUCUCAAGGUGCCAAUAAAGAUGUGAAGCCAGCAGCUGGGUUCGAUUCUCUAGGAGACUUAUUGAAGCCCACUUUACCAGCUCACAGUCAGGCUCCCAUGAUGCCCCCACACACGGGAGGCAAGCUGCUGGCCAAUGACCUCGAUUCCUCCUUGGCCAACCUCGUGGGCAAUCUGCAGUUCAGUGGAUCAUCAGUUAAAAAACCGGACAUGCAGUGGACACAGCCUGGGGAGAAGAAGAUGACCGGCGGCACUAACUGGCAGUCCAAAACUAUGAGCAGCACGACUGCCUGGAGUCCUGCCCCCAUGCCACCUGCUCCCAUGCCUGUGCCCCACAUGCAGGCUCCGGCUCCCAUGGCCUUCCCCAUGACCACACCUCAAGUGCCUGUGUAUGGAAUGGUCCCUCCUCAGAUGGGUCAGAUGGGAGGGGUUCCAGUGAUGACACCACAGCCCAUGAUGUACCAGCCUGUCAUCAGAUCCACCAACCCAUUUGCUCCAGUUCCUGGAGCUCAGAUGCAGUUUAUGUAGUAGCGUUGUGUAGCGGCGUGCCAAACAGGACGGCAGAAUGACCCACAGAGCAAAUCGAGCAAGAGAGGAGACAAAGACACCACCCACCAUCGAAUUCAGGGAGCUGGAGGAGGAGUGAUGAAGCAUGUGAAGAGAGAGAGAGAGAAAAUGCAGAAAGGAGGAGUACAGGAGACGCAAGAACAUUUUUAUUGCCAAGACUCUUCACAUUAAUAUCUGACAUGCCUCUCUCUCUCUCUCUCUCUCUCUCUCUCCCUCUCUCUCUCUCUCUCUCUCUUUCUCUCUCUCUCUCUGACACACACACACCAUAACAGGGUAUCAGAUCAGCCUGUUACACUUUUUUUGGUUGUUUUUAUUGUUAAUGGCUCGUCAGUGUUUUAUACAUCACAGGUUCAUUUGAUCAUGUCCUGAGGAUUGUGUUUUAGUGAAACAUUGUUUUCUAAAUCCCAUUUCAUGUCUGGAGUGACGACAUUGCUUUGCUAUGUUCCUAAGAUGGCCCUGAGCACUGUGUUCGGGUUCGAGCUGGGUGUGGAGGCACGGGCAGGCCGCAAUUCUCCACCCAGGCUAGUCCUGUCUGGUUAGUCGCGUUCUCACAGCAUUACACACGUCACUGCUUCUCUCAGAUGAAUCACCGUAGAGCUCUUUGCUUUCAAUUCCGUUGAGAAGAGAGCCAAAUUUGUUUAUAAUCUCUAGUAAAUUGUGAUGUUUGCCAUUUCCAAGCACUUUAACUUUGUGUGUAUGGUUUGUUAAUGGAUUGUAUUCAUUCACUGAGCUGGUCUCUGCAUGUUUGGAUGCAUUUUCACUAAUUCAGACACCAGAGUUCUUCUUCUUGUUCUUCUUCUUUAGUGAACUUGUUGGUGGCAGCCUCACUUUUGGGUCGACCUUAAACCGUCCAGCAAUCUGUCCUUCCUGUGUGUUGGAAGAUAAAUAUAUUAGACAGCCAUAUUGGUGCUCCCACACUCAGGCCCCUGUGCUUUGAUUUGGAUGCAUUUAAUUCCUCCUGCCACUUCAUUAAAAAAAAAUUGUAGUUCCUCUGCUUGAUCCUCUGACUAAUACGUGUGUAUUGUAGUCUAACGAGUACUACCCCACCCAUGCAAAUGAUGGAACAGAGAGUCAGUUCGAUUAGACCUCUUUUUAUCUAAGCACUUACACGACACCUGUUCUAUCUGUUUUUAUAUAUUCCUGUAAACAGGGUCUUAGCUUCAUGUGUAUACUGAUAUUAGAAAAGCUCUUUUCAAAGAUCAUUGAUAAGCCUUUGUUUUAUGACACAGGGCUGUAAAAGUUUGAUAUCAGUAUUUGAGUAAUUUAGAAUAUUUUUCAAACAUAAGGUAACACUUUCUUUUUAGCCAAGAGUAAUAAUAAAAAUGGUGCACAUACACUUGCAAAUAUGUGUGUGGCAGCCUGGGAAAAUAUUCCCAUGGUGAACUUUUGACCUUUUCUACUACUACUGUAGAGAGCUACAGGUUUUCCUGAACUGAAAUAUAUUUCUCUUCUCCUUCUAUAUAUAUAUAUAUAUAUAUAUAUAUAUAUAUAUCUCUCUCUCCAACCUAAAUUAAACUCCUAGCAUUUUCAAAUGUGGUUUCUCCCCCAGAAGUGAAAAAGGCAGAAAAUGACCUUUAAAGAUUUCAUUCGGACCGCGGCGCCAACGCGUGGCUGACAUUUUGACGGCCGCUAUCAGAUUCCAAACUGAAUUGAUUAGGCUUACGGCUGCUUUGCUACAGCAUGCGACUUUCCAACAACUUGAUCAAAUCAUGAGCCUGUUCAGUUUGUUAAACUGCCUCCUUAUUUAUUAUCUUUUCACCAGGAUAGCCAAGGCAGGUUUUGAUGAACCUUGUUUUAGUGGGAAUCAUUUUGUUCGAGAUGUCAAAGUUUGGGUAAAAAAACGUGACUCUUUUCAACCAAUAAUAUUGCGUCUUUCAGCUCCCGGAGGAAACGGAGGAAACAUGAAUGUGCAGCUUUCUCUAAAACACUUCAAGCUAGGAUUCUAAGCUGCCUAUAAACAUAUUUGUUUGAAUAUGAUCUGGCACGUUAUAUAGAUGCAGUAAGAACAGGACUCGUCACGUGACUUGUGCGUCAGAUAUUUCCGUCUGAUUUCUUUAAAUGGAAGCAGACGUGAUUAACAGCAUUCUGCAAUUAAAGCUGCCAAAUUAACAGUUGUGAUUUCAAUUUGCUGUGAGCAUAUGCUGUCUCUCUUACACCCCCUCCCACUUUCCAGGCACAUAGCCACGUUACAAUACUCUCUCUGGCUUUGAGGGAAGUGAAGAUCUGUGUGCCAAUAUUAUUCAAAGAAAUUAGUGCCUGCUGUUUAUUGCCAAGUUUUCUCUUCAUCUCUAAAACGAAUAUCUGCAAAGUGCGAGCGUUGUCAUGGAAGCGCUGGCAAAGAAUCGUUUCCAUGGAAGAGGCGGCUCAUGUCGGUUUGAAGGGCUUUGUUUUUGUCUCGUUCUAGUCACUGUGGUGAGCAUAAUGGCAUGUGGGGGUCAAACUCCGGCGCUAUUCUUUACUCUUCUGCCGCCUAGGUGAUAAUGCGAUCUGUUUUUUUAAUCAUCUUCUCUUUGCCUUGUUGGUCACUUCUCUGGGGGAAAGAGAGAGAAGGCGAGGCGACAGGAAGUCUCCAAGCUGCUUCCGUAUGAGCAGGGAAAUGUCAGUCAUGCGCUCAUCAGACACUCAUUGGCCGCAGGAACUUUCGUCAUGAUCUUCAGAUUGUUUCUUAAGGAGCAUUUUAAAUCCUUCUACAAUUGUACUAAAAUCUCUGAUUUGCGUCUCGUACCACUAACCCCGAGCCCUUGUGAGUUCUCUUUAUAGAAAGGGCUGAGCAGCUCUGCUUCUGGGGGUGGAGCGAAGUUCUGGGCCAGAAAAAUGUAAACAGAAGGCUGAAACAGAACAGUAGCAAUACCUAUAAAAGUGAGUGGCAGUUUUGCAAAUAGUAUGAAUAUUUCAGGGCCAGAAAUACACGAAUUGCAAACUGCUGCUUUAAGUUCUGGCGCGUGUUUUGGCAUUUUAUAAAGUCGCCUUGUGUUUUUGUAUCAGUCUGUUGUUCUCGGAGCAUUUUUCAGGCUCUAACUGCUCCUUUUCUAUCCGUUUGCAUGUUUUUAGCAGCCGUGUGUGUGUGUGCCGUGCCAUGAGGUUUUUGUGUGUCUUGCACUUCUGGUUUUUGUCAGGUGAAAGUAGCGAGAGCUCAGUGUUGUGUUGAUGUUUUUAUUAUUAUUAUUUUUCUUUUGUCAGAGUUAAAAGCAUGAUCUUCUCUGUAGUUUUGUUAACUUGUUUUUGUCAAAGGUGAGUAGAGAAUGGUUUAACGAGAGUCCUAAUGUGCCUGUCCUAUUAUAAAUCUGUCCUAAUGACCUUUUAACCCUUGUGUUCACUACUUGGCAGUGGAUGUACUGUUCAUGGCUCAUACUGACAGCUGAAAAGGGUCUCUGAAACGGAUGACCAAACAAUGGAUACGUCUUUUUUUUUUUUUUUUUUUGGUCAACAGUAAAGACACACUGAUACCUGGUGACGCUCGGGUAUGAGCGCUAAAUAAGACACGGAGUAAAAGAAAUGCACGUUAUGGCCAAAAGUAUGCAGACACUUGACCAUCAUACCCAUAUGUGCUUCUUCACCAGACAAGCACACAAUUGUCUAGAAUAUCUCUGAGCAGUAAGACUUUCCCUUCACCUGAGCCUGUUGUGAACACCUUUGGGAUGAAUUAGACCAGGUCUUCUCAAUGCCUGACCUCACUAAUUCGCUCGUCACUGAAUGUGCGUCAAAGCCUUUUUUAGCAUAAGAAUGAAGUACAUUACUGCAGCCAAGAGUGACCAACUCCAUAUUACUGCUCAUCAAGCACAUGUGUGUGAUAUGAUCAUGUGUCCACAUACUUCUGGUGUAGGAUCUUGGCAUAGCAGAUGCACCAGGUGUGGAAAAUGUUACAGCAUUGUUCCACUUUAGGAAGAAAAAAAAAAGGUAAUAUGGAUCAUUAUGACCAGACACAAGAGUUAAAACUGGUACCUGCUAUGAAUUAUUUACUAACUAUAUUGAAGUUAGUUACAAUGGGAACAUCUGGACAUGGUUUAGGGUUUGAACCAGAAUUUUAAUAUAUAGCAACUUUCUCAUACUUAAGCUUGUUUUCUUCUAGCAUAACAAUGUUACACAAAAUUCUCCUAGCCUAAGUCAGAUUUGGGGUGAGUAUAUAUAGCACUUAUUGCACUUCUGCUACUCUACUUCCCUCUAGUGGACGUUAUCAGAAUUGCAACACGUUUCUGUUGGGGUUUGAGAGAUCGUUGUAUGUUUCAUUUGAUGUGUAUAUUCAGGAAAUCUGUCUACUAAAAGCUUUGAAUCGUCUCUGACAUGAAGGCGUGAAGCUGAAGGUGUGUUCGAGUCGAACGAAAUGUGACAAACUCCCUUUUCCUCUUCAUCCUGUGUGUGCUAAGAGUGAGGCCUGUAGUUACAGCCACUGGCAGCUCUAGUUCAUCCAAACCUCCUGAGCACACAUUGUGAAGCCCAGCUUUCAACCUGACCUCAGUGCUAAAGCUAAAAAUACAGACAGGGGUGUUCUCCUGGUCAGAGUCUGACUCUGAAGUUGAUACAGGGCUCUUCUCACUUCAGCCAUCAGGACACCUUUUAAAGAGAACAUAAAAACCUGUGUUUUAAGUGGUGGUCAUUUUGUCAGACCUUAUGCACAUGCACGCUUUUUUUUGGGGGGGGACGGGGGGGGACUUUCUUUUGUUGCCGGACAUAGUCAUGUAUAUACACAUACUCUGCAUUUUGAACAUUUUAUCCCUUUUUAUUUUGCUUCUGAUCUUCUGUACUGGAGAUAAUUGCCUCAUAUAUAGAUAUAUAGAUAUAUAUAUAGAUAUAUACACACUGUCUCUGUGUAAGUGCCGGGGUGGAAGGCUUCAGAUUUUUAAUUCAUCGUCAUCGUCAUCAUUAUCAAUGCCAAAUGAGAGGAAGAGUGAGUGGAGGAAAAACCCAUUUGUACAUUUUUUUAUUUUUUUUUCCCCUAUUUAUUUAUGCAGAAUAUAAAGAUUUUAAUAUGCACGGUAAAUACAUAUAACAUGAAAUCAUGCAAGUUUUGGGUUUGUUUUUCAUUUUAUUUCAUUCUUUCAGUUUUUACCAAAUGAAAUAAAAGUCAUUUUCCUUUCCUAAA